UUGUUGAAAUGUGUGGAAUCUGCAGCAUAGCAUUAUCGUGACAACAAAACUUUCCUAAAUUUUCACCACCCCUUUUUCUACUAGUUACCUGUUUAUCCGCCUCGACUAACGAAAUACAUCGUGAGAGGAUGUGUUAAAAAUGCUUAAAUAUUCAAGACUCUGGUAGUUUAACCAAUAUGAACUUACCAUUUUUAGCAUCCCAAUAAGGUGAAGAUAGUAUCAAUUCACGGUUUCCCUCCUAUAAAGUGGGCUACUUCCCAUUAAUCCCAUUUUUCACAGGAGUCUAUCUUGUCAUCUUCUUCAAUUAUAUGCUUUUCUAAACCAGUACAACAAUUGAAGCUUUGAGAUAUCAUCAAUGGAUGACUCAGUUCUUCACAGAAAUAUUGAUGGCAUAGAUGAAAAGAAUAAAGGGUUGUUCAACAACUCAAGUGAUUUUCUUGGAUACAAAGGCAAAGAUGAAAAUUUUAUUGCCAACUUGCUGAAGUAUUCUUUACUUGGAGCUGAGAAGCUGUUGAUGGCUCGAAAAUCGUCUGAACCAUUGGAUUGCUCUACUUUUGAGGCCUGUAAUGAUAGUGAAGUGAAUGUUUCUGAGAUUGGAAGAAACGAAAGUAAAUAUGUGCCUGGGAAGUACAAAACUUCGAGUCGAUACGAUCAACAGAUUGGAUCGAGCAACGAGCUUGUUGAUAUGUCGAAACUGAUGAAUUUUCCUGCAGAAAGUAUUGCUUUAUUGGCAAUACUAAUGCUCAAAAUGGCUGGUUUUCAACUAAAUCUCUUUCUGAGAUUUUUCACUUUUCCCGUUUUGAUAUUCAACUUUUGGCUAAUGAUCUUGAUGGUUCCAUUUCAAACUCUAAUAUGGAUAAGAGAGAAUUUGAAGAAAAGGCUGCUGAGAAUGUGCAAUGCCCCCUGCUCGAUCACGAUGGCCUUCGUGUUUAAUCAGUUUAGCGCGCAAAAAUCAAUGCUGAGAAUAGCGUUAAGACUCGGUUGGGCCAUUUCGUGCACAUUCUAUGUUUUGUUCAUGCUAUUUGGUCUGCUAAUCUCAGGUUUUGUAAUAGGAAGUCUUAUAGUGAGAUAUCUGGUAGAAGAACCAAUGCAUGCUUCUAAAAUCCUAAAUUUCGACUACACUAAAGCUAGCCCCGUCGCUUUUGUGCCUAUUACAUCGUCCCUCGUCCCUAAUGAGCCUUCCGGCCUUGAUUCAAAACAUAGAAUGCCUUCUUCAGACUACUUGGGACGGCGCCCCAUUCCUAAUAAUCACAAGUUGCACCUUUCUGUCUCGUUAACGUUGCCCGAGUCUGAGUACAACAGAAAACUCGGAAUCUUCCAGGUGAGGGUCGAGAGCAUGUCUGCAAGAAGUGAAGUACUAGCUAGUUCGAGUUAUCCCACAAUGCUUCGGUUUAAAAGUCAGCCAAUUCGACUGAUCGAAACUAUGUUCAAAACUGUUCCACUCAUAACUGGUUUGCAAUCAGAAGUUCAAACACUGAAAAUUGACAUCAGGGAUUAUAUCGAAGGACACGAACCAACAGCCUUUUUUAAGGUGAUUCUAGAACAAAGAGCAGAAUUUAAAGCUGGUUCCGGUGUACCUGAAAUUUACGCUGCAUCACUCGAUAUAAAAUCCGAGCUUCUCGGAUUAAAGAGAGCUAUAUGGAAUUGGAGGCGAACAAUUUUCGUGUGGAUCAGCAUUUCAUCAUUUAUGGGUGAACUGAUAGUCGUUUUACUCGUCUGCAGGCCUAUAAUUCUUCCCACAGGAAGGUCCAAAGGUUUUGGCUCGAAAAAGAAAUCCCAACAGAAUAAACUUCCAUGGAAUAAAUCCAAGAAGGUGUAGGAUUUUCAAGAAGAAUAAUCGCUGAAAUCCACUCGAAUAAUUAGCACCUUAAUGUACUUUGACAUUUUAUUAAGUAUGAAUGACAACAUUAA